UGGCAUGUCUACAAUGUAUCCGAAUGGAACAAGUUUUUUGAAGGAGAACAUGAGUUUGAUUGCUACUGACAAGGCUAAAGUGUUGGAGGAGAAGUGGAAGAAACUGGAGGAUGACGAAGCUGCCUUGAUGGUGAAGCGCUUAGAUUUGAUUGCGGAGCAUUACAAAUUGGUGGUUGAUGCAAUGAGAGUCUCUUAUCAGGUAAUGAGCUGCCUCCUGAACUCAGACGAACUCUCUUGAAGAUGGCACCAACAA